UUACAAUGGUGACUGCGUGACCCUCUCAACCUUCCUUAGAGGAGGUGAUGAUGAGCAGCUUGCGGUCCUUUUUGGUGGUUAUGAAUCUGGCUUCUUUGAGAUUUGGGUUACCCUUACUGUUGACCCCAACCGUGCGUCCUGGAGCAAAUUUUUGCGAGUGGAAACGGGGCCCUUCGGGAGCUACGGUUUUGAGCUCUGUACCCCACGUUCUGGUGGGAGCUUCUUUGUUGAUGAGGAAAACAAAGUUGCUGUCUUGUUUGAACUGUUUCAACUAACCGGAACCAGGACUGUUCACAAGGCUUUUGUGUUUGGACAAGAAGGCUGCCUCAAAUCAUCCGUCUACCUUGGAGAAGCUCUCAUACUUGAAAACCGUAACCCCAUCACCAACAACAUCCGUCAUGCUGCUCGUCCCCCACUUGUUUGCUCUUCCCCUUAUCGUCCAAGCUUAGUGCAAGUCAACCAUCCUCUUGUCCACAAAAGGAAACGCAUGUUUCCAUCUGCUGCUCAGCGAUCAAGUGUAGUUAAAUUGAGUAAACGCAUGUCUCCACCUGCUCAGUGA